AUGGAGGAAGAUACCCGCGGCCUCACGCAGUUUCUCGCACAGGUCUUGACUGGGAGUUUCUGGAGGGGAAAAUUAACGCGCGCGAACCUUGCAAGGGCGGCUCUGGUUGUAGGAGUGCUUCUGUGUCUCCGCUAUUUCGGGGCAGUCUUUGCCUCCAUCUUAGGCAUUAUUUUGAUAUUUCGCAAUUUGGGGGAGCGCAGCGGUGGUGCCAGUGCCUAUUCCGUUUUCAACAGAGGCGCCCACUACCUUUUAGGGGACCUCCGCCUCGGGCGCAUUGACCAAGAACUCCGUAACGCAGGUGUUGCAGCUGAAGAUGACGGGAGAGUUGUCGCUUAUCGGCCUCCUGUAGAGCUGAGGUCCCGAGACGCCAACAAGAAAUGUCCUUGCGGCUCCGGGAAAAAGCUGAAAAAAUGUUGCGGCGUUUAG